AUGGCACAUCCAACACUGAUCAACCUUCCGCCUCCGCCAUCAGAGCCACCCACUCCAUCCGAAAUGGGCCCGAGCACUCCAAACUCCGGCACCACCUCACUCUCCGGUGUGUCAACCACCGCGAUCAAGGACGGCCAUCAAGGCAAACUUUACCCCCAUAGCCAUCGGCCCCGUCGCCGCCACUCAGACGCCUCCGAUACUUCCACCGAUACCCUCGCUGCCGAACGCGCAGAUCGAAUCUCACGUCUCGCUGGGCUAGAACGAGUCGCAACCAGAACACCGCGCGACACCGGCACGCCGGGCAACAAUUUCCCCAGCGGUGGUCCGCCCAGCUGGUUUGAUCCCACAUACGCACACCUCCUCCAAAAGGAACGCAGCACCGUCGGCAGCGCUAGCGCCACCGGUAGCAUUGGCGGCCGCACCACCUGGGCCAGCGGAAGCGACAUCUUCGAUCACGACAAGCUCAACGACGACGACGGGGUUUCCAGCACCGGAGGCUUCAGCGACGAAAACGCUAGCCUCGUGGGAUUCGGCGAGGGCGCAAGCAGCACUAUCAGCGGGCCCGUGUCCACCGGCGGACCCAACAGAAUGACCGUCUCGAGUCGCCAGUCUUCCGGCGUGGGAGGGAAUCGCGCAUCCACCGCGAACUCCACUGCGACGCAUCUACCCCAGCCGGGCCAGAUUCCACCGUCCUCACCGUCCCCGGCGGGAUCGAAUACGCCACAGGCGCCGGAAUACGACCCAAUUGACGAUGCGCGCAUGGUUGACGGCAUAACGUUUGAUGAAGACGUGGUCGAUACGACCGUCAGACCACCGCGUCCGGUCGCGUACGAACAGCAAACCUGA